GGUUGCACGAAGCAGAUGGGUGGGUCUCACGUGUGGGUUGGAGAGUCGGAGCUUCCUCUCGGCCACAGCGGGCAGAAGCUGGCGGCGGACAGGAGAGCGCGCACUGGGCCGUCACUGCUGCAGAGGAGACAGGGGAACCGUGUGGGACUUUUUUUUGUUCAGGGUCUCUCGUGGAAAUUCCCCCCUGCAUGGUCCAUCGUCUCAUGCCGUGGUGGGAUGAAUUUGGACAGAAUCGCAGAAGCAGUGAGGGCGCCGCCGCCGCCGCCGCCGCCGCCCCGCGACGUGGCCCCCGCGUUUCAUUUACCGAGAACGUCGAACAGCUGUCGAGAAACUUUAGAGAACUCAAGCAGCGAGUCCUCAGACACAGAGUUGGCAGAAAAAGAGAGGAAUGCUGAACACAGGAGCGAUGACGGGAACGCGGACGACCCCAAGAAGAAGAAACAGCGUCGGCAGCGGACUCACUUCACCAGCCAGCAGUUGCAGGAACUGGAGGCCACUUUCCAGAGGAACCGCUACCCGGACAUGAGCACCAGGGAGGAGAUCGCCGUGUGGACAAACUUGACCGAGGCCAGAGUCCGGGUGUGGUUCAAAAACCGCCGCGCCAAGUGGAGGAAGCGCGAGCGCAACCAGCAGAUGGACCUGUGCAAAAACAGCUACCUGCCGCAGUUCAGCGGCCUCAUGCAGCCCUACGACGACAUGUAUCCGGCCUACACCUACAACAACUGGACCAACAAGGGCCUCACCCCGGCGCCGCUGUCCACCAAGAACUUCACCUUCUUCAACUCCAUGAGCCCGCUCACCUCCCAGUCAAUGUUCUCGGCGCCCAAUUCCAUCUCCUCCAUGACCAUGGCCUCCGGCAUGGGCCACUCGGGCGUACCGGGCAUGCCCACCCCGGGGCUGAACAACAUCAGCAACCUGAACGGGAUCGGCACGUCCGGCAUCAACUCGGCCAUGUCGUCGUCCGCGUGUCCGUACGGGCCCCCCGGCUCCCCGUACAGCGUGUACCGGGACACUUGCAACUCCAGCCUAGCGACCCUCAGACUCAAAUCCAAACAGCACCCGACGUUCGGAUACAGCGGCCUGCAGAGCCCCGGCUCGAGCCUGAACGCCUGUCAAUACAACAGCUGACGGGAACAACACGAAUACAUCUAUAUGUGACGAGCGGACACGGUGUCAGAGCUUAUAGAGGCCACCUGCGGACGGGGGGAGGAAAAGAAAUCAAAGACAACUGGAUUAGUUGCAUCAUUUUUCAAAAAGAAAGAAAAAAAAAAGAAACAUGGAUUAUGCGGGUUAUAUGUGUUUACCGAUGAACUUGCACAGCAAUUGAAAUGUCCGUUUUUUUAAAAAAAAAAUGAUGAAGACGUGUACCAUUGCUGCAUUGUACAUUUAUGAAUGUAAAUAUAUAUACAGGCUUAACAUGAAAACGCACGAGGGGAUGUUGUUGUUUUUUUUGCGCUUGCUUGCUUUUGGAGACUGGCUUGGGGGUUCCUCGACCAAAAUAAGGAUUUGCAACAAAUCAAAAAAUAAUAAUGAUAAUAAUAAUAAUAAAGUGUCGAGCCUGUCAUGAGUCCAGACUCGAAGAGAAAAAAAAUGUAGCCCAUCUUGUACAUAUUUUGUACUGCUUCUGUGUUGUAUUUAGUCCCUGCAGGGUGCCACCGGCCCGCCCGGCUCCACGACGCCUCCCGUUCACUUACUUUCCUUUCAAAUGUUUAUUUUUUUUUCAUUUGUUUGCUGAAAAUAGAAGAAGAAGAAGAAGAAGAAAAAACUCCGCAUGUUUAAACUUGAGUGCAACGUGUUUUUGUACAAUAAUGUAAGACUUUGCAAAAGUGAGCUCAUUAGCCUAAACUGUAUACCAAAAAAAAGGUGAUUCCAAGUCCUCAUGUGUUUAUGAUUAUAUGUUUGUUUGAAUAAACUCCAGGAAAAGAGA